AUGGUAGUUCUCACCAGAAAAAUAAGAGGUGGAGGUCAAAGGUCAAAAGCCAUGUCCGUCGUUGAAGCUGCUUUAUCUGUGUUCUUUGAAGGGUUGUUUAGUAAUUUGGCCUCUUCUGAGUUUCUCAACUUUGUAACUGAGAAGGAAGUUUGCGAGGAGCUCAAGAAGUUGGAAAAGACAUUGCGCAAUAUUCAUGCAGUGCUAAAUGACGCCGAAGAGAAGGAAAUGAAUGAUGGGGGUGUGAAGAGUUGGUUGGUCCAGCUCCAAGACUUGGCAUACGAUGCGGAUGACAUGUUGUUUGCUACAGAAGCUUUGAGACUCAAGUUAACGAGGGAACAUCAAGAUCACCGCCCAAGGAAGUUACAAAAGCUUGUUGAUGCUUGCUUUCCCUGGUUAAGGGGUCAUAAUUUAUCAUUUAAUAAGGAAAUGAUGUCCGAGAUACAAGAGAUCACUGCUAGAUUUCUAGAUUUAGAAGCAGAUAUAAGUCUCUUGGCUUUGACGAAAAAUGGUGGUGGAAGGCCCAAGAGAACAUUGGAAUGGCGAUCAACCACUUGUUUGGUGAAUGAAACUCAAGUCUACCGUCGGGAAAAAGACAAGGAAACAAUCCUUGACUUGAUUUUUGGGAGUGAUGAGCGCAAUAAAUUUUCUGUGAUUCCCAUCAUUGGCAAAGGAGGGAUUGGCAAAACAACGCUUGCUCAGCUUGUCUACAAUGAUAGGCGUGUAGUUAAGCAUUUCGAUUUUCAAGCAUGGAUUGUGAAGAGGUGCAAGGGAUUGCCCUUGGCAGCUAAGACCAUUGGAGGCCUUUUCCGCAAUAAGGUGGAUAUCGGUGAAUGGGAAAAGAUACUAAAAAGUGAGAUUUGGAAUUUACCAGCAGGGAGGAGUAACAUAAUUACAUCUUUACGAUUAAGCUAUAAUCAUCUUCCUGCAGAUCUAAAGCGAUGUUUUGCUUACUGUGCCAUACUUCCCAAAAACUAUGAAUUUACCGAGGAAGAAAUAGUCUUAUUACGGAAGGCAGAAGGCUUUCUGCGAGUGGAAGCUACAAAGCAAAAUGAAGAUUCGGGUCAUGAGUACUUUCAAGAACUUGUACGGAGGUCAUUUUUUGAAGUAUCCAACAAGGAUGAGUCUCGAUAUAUAAUGCAUGAUCUGAUUAAUGAUUUGGCUCAAUCAGUUGCCAAAGAUAUAUGCUUCAGAGUGGAGGGUGACAAGGCAUUGAAAGUUUCCAGUCAUGCUCGCCGUUCAUCUAACAUUGGUGGUAGGAAAGACGGAAUUAAAAAUUUCCAAGUCUUUAACGGAAAGAAGGGUUUAAGAACCUUCCUACCUUUGAAGAUGCCUGGAGGGUGGUGGAAUUUCUCUAAUCAAGUUCUCAGUGAGUUGUUGCCAGAAUUUAAAUACUUGAGGGUGUUGUCUUUACAAUGGUGCUACCUGACGGAGUUUUCCAAUAUUAUUGGAGAUUUGGUGCAUCUGCGUUACCUAAAUUUUUCUGGCACUCUAAUCGAAAUUCUGCCGGAUUCAAUAUGCAAGCUUUACAAUUUAGAGACCUUGCUGUUGCGGGGGUGUUCUCGUCUUGAAGAGUUUCCUUCUGAAAUGAGAGUUUUAAUUAACCUAAGGCAUCUUGACAUUACAGGUGCACGUUCAAUAAAAAUGAUGCCAAUGGGAAUCGGCGAACUAACCAAUCUUCAAACAUUGACAAAUUUUGUUGUGAGUCAAGACAAUGGCAGUAAGAUAAGGGAGAUGGAGAAUUUGUCUAAUCUUAAGGGUGGACUUGUUAUUUCAGAAUUGCAGAAUGUUGUCAAAGCUCAAGAUGCAUGGGUGGCUGGGUUAUGUUAUAAGUCGAACCUUCGGAUUUAG